AUGGCGAACCAAGCAAUCGUAGGCUACCUCCAGCAGCAAGUGCUCACACUGACACAGGAUGGCCGCAUCAUCAUCGGCACACUGCAAGGCUUUGAUGUUCACGGGUCGAUCAUCCUGAGCGGGAGCGUAGAGAGAAUUUAUAGCAUGGAUGCGGGCGUGGAAGUUGUACCUUUGGGUCUUUACGUGAUGAAGGGAGAUGCCGUAUCGGUGAUAGCAGAGUUUGACGCUGAAAAGGACAAGGCUAGCGACUUGUCAGAAAUCAGGGCGGAGCCCAUCUUACCCGUACGCCAUUACUAA